AUGAUUCUGUACUGGUCCCUAGCUGCAACAUCAACAAUAGGGGAUAAAACAAGACCGUCACCAAGUUCGGCAUCCCCAUCAUUACUUCGACCCACCACCACAAUCACGCCGCCUCGUUCUGCCCGAACCUACCUAGGUAAUCCUACUCGCAACGGCAAAUCCAAACCAGAAAUAGGGAGUGGCGCAAUCGCGGGCAUAGCGACAGGAGGCAUCGUCAUUCUCGCCCUAAUAAUAGGCGGAUGGUACUUCUGGCGGCGCAAGAAGCGGAGAACACCGGAACCCACGACCACCCUCACCGACGACGAACUAGCAAGACGAGAAGGCGACGGCAACAAGAUGGUCCUCGAUACAGAUCACAAUGCGACAAGAACGGGAGCGGACCAGACGGAGUACCAAGAAAUGUCUGGCAAUGGCCUCACGCAGGAAUUGGAUCGGUCGCACUCGUACAAAUACGCGAUUGGCGGUGCGCAUGAGCUUAGGGCUGAGGAGCAACCGGGAGAAUUGCCGUAUAACGGGAUGGAGGAACAUAGGCGAGCGGAUGAGGCUGAGGUCGUCGGAAGGGACGAUGGAGGUGAUGGCAGGAAUGCAGAGACGCUGCCAAUACCGGGAUCAAAUGAUACAACGUCGCAAGUCUCGCCACAUGUGGAAGCGCAGAGAAAGAGGGAGGUGGAGUGGCUGGAGAUGGAAGAGACAAGAAUGAGACAGCGGAGGGAAGCACUUCUGCAACAGGGUGGUGGUCAACACAUGUAA